UUUAUUGGCCAGAGGCCUGGCUGUCAUUCACUGCUCCAGCUGUACUCAGACAGACACAGCUGCUCACAGCUGUGGAGACAGCGAGUCUGAACCAGAUUUAAUCGUGUAUCCAUCCUUCAGGUCACCACGUGUUUGUUCCUCUGUGGGGGUAGCUGCAGCUGGAGGAGGAGCACCGGGAGCCUCCCUCCCCUGCUGCUCUGCUAUAUGAGUGGAGGCGUGCUGGCUGCGAGCAGACGGACCUGCUCAGUGACAGUGAUCUGGAGUGGCACAGCAGAGAAGCAGGCUGGACACCUGGUACUCCUACACCCACUGGUUCCCCAUGGCCUCCCCCCACAUCCUGAAGGAGCCAGUUCCCCGGAUGCAGCCAGCCAUGAUGAUGUUCUCCAGCAAGUACUGGGCUCGGAGGGGUUUGUCGCUGGACUCGGCCAUGUUUGACCACCACCACCAGCAACAGCGCCACACAGGGGGACAGAUGUCUCGGCGUCCGUCCUUCUGCCCCAUCUCGGAGAAGCCGGACACAGAGAGCAGUGAGGAUUUCGGGAAAACAGCUGUGGUGUUUUCUCUUAAGAACGAGGUCGGCUGCUUGGUCAAAGCUCUCAGACUGUUCCAGGAGAGGCGAGUGAACCUGAAUCACAUUGAGUCCAGGAUUUCCAAGCGGGUCCCUAACGAGGUUGAGAUCUUUGCCGACUGCAGCUGUAGUAAGAAGGAGUUUAACGAGCUGCUGCAGCAUCUCAAGGACCACGUCAACAUCCUGUCCUUCAACACGCCUGCUCACGUGUGGUCCACAGAGGCAGAUGAAGAAGACGUUCCCUGGUUUCCCAUGAAGAUCUCAGAGCUUGACCAGUGUUCUCACCGGGUGCUGAUGUAUGGAUCCGAGUUGGACGCCGACCAUCCUGGGUUUAAAGACAACGUCUAUCGGCAGCGGAGGAAGUACUUUGUGGAGGUGGCCAUGAGCUACAAGUACGGGCAGCCCAUCCCCCGGGUGCAGUACACGGUGGAGGAGGUCCAGACGUGGGGAGUGGUGUUCCGAGAGCUGAGCAAACUGUACCCGAGCCACGCCUGCAGGGAAUACCUGAAGAACUGGCCCCUGCUCAUCCGACACUGCGGCUACAGGGAGGACAACAUCCCCCAGCUGGAGGACGUCGCGCUCUUCCUCAGAGAGCGCUCCGGCUUCACGGUCCGGCCCGUAGCAGGUUACCUGUCUCCCAGAGACUUUCUGGCAGGACUGGCCUACAGAGUGUUUAACUGCACGCAGUAUGUUCGACACAGCACCGACCCGCUCUACACACCUGAGCCAGACACUUGCCAUGAGCUGCUGGGCCAUGUUCCCCUGCUGGCAGACCCCAAGUUUGCCCAGUUCUCCCAGGAGAUUGGCCUGGCGUCUCUGGGAGCUUCUGAUGAGGACGUGCAGAAACUGGCCACAUGUUAUUUCUUCACUAUUGAGUUUGGGCUGUGCAAACAGGACGGUCAGCUGAGAGCAUAUGGAGCUGGUUUACUGUCAUCAAUCGGAGAGUUGAGGCACGCCCUGUCUAAUGUAGCCUGCGUGAAGAUGUUUGACCCAAAGACCACCUGUAACCAGGAGUGUCUCAUCACCACCUUCCAGGAGGUUUAUUUUGUGUCUGAGAGCUUUGAAGAUGCCAAAGAAAAGAUGAGGGAAUUUGCAAAGACGAUAAAAAGGCCAUUCUCGGUGUAUUACAACCCGUACACCCAGAGUGUUGACCUGCUCAAAGACACGCGCAGCAUCGAGAACGUGGUGCAGGAUCUGCGGAGUGACCUCACCACAGUCUGUGACGCUCUGGGCAAGAUGAACACCUACAUGGGGAUCUGAACCGCUAACAACUAGCCCAUCACAUUCGUGGACUCAGUCAUCACUAUUAUCACCAUGCAGAAAACACAACACCGGAAAUUAUUAAAGAAAAGGUUAUAAGUGGUUUUAUACAUUGAGGUUGCUGGUUCAGUCAGAAACUCACUAUCAUUAUGUCCAAACAGACAAACAAAAACAUCAUUGGGUUUCAUUCCCUGAGCACAGAUGUAGUAGAGUAGAUUAACAUCAUCAUAUAUCUAGUUCAUUAAAAAAAGCAACCACAUCAUUUACAGGUCUGAUGUUUAAUAAUUACAAGAGGGAAACAAACACCAGCUCAUACUUUUAACAGUGUUGCCUUGGACACAAGCAACACGUCCAUUUCAGGGAUCAGUGUAAGGGACAAAGCCACAAAACGGAAAUAAAAAGGGUACAAUCAGGUUGAAAGAAUCAUUUAAAGCACGUCUGAUCAGCAAAGCUCUGAAACAAAUGAACUUGUCUUUGUGUAACUAACCAUCAUCUUUCUGUAGUGUAGUGUUUUUGCUUCUGUGUAGUGCAGAAAUAUCAGAAUAAAAUAAAAGCAGCAUAAAAA